UGCCCCGCGCCCGCCUUCCCAGCCACACUUCCCGGCGUGACCCUCAUGUCCCGCCGGUAACGGAAACUGCGCCUCCCGGUGUGCCUCGCGCCCCCGGAAGUGGUCGUGAGGCGCCGGGUUCCGUUUGUGGCGCGUCCCGUCUCCUCACGUCUCGUCCCGUCUCCUCACGUCUCGUCCCGUCUCCGGUCCCUGCGCGGCCGCCAUGGCCUCCGUGCGGCCACCGGCAGCGCGCGGCGGCGCCCGCCCCCCCGUGAAGCCGCCCGCGCCCCCGGAGGCCACGAAGAGCAAGCCUGCAGAAGAGAGCGAUGCGCCCCCCGCCAAGAGAGCCCCCAUCUUCUACGGCAGCUUGGAAGAGAAGGAGAAGGAGCGUCUGGCAAAGGGAGAGUCGGGGCUGCUGGGCAAAGAAGGGAUGAAGGCUGCCAUGGAGGCUGGGAACAUCAACAUCAGCAGCGGCGAGGUGUUUGACCUCGAGGACCACAUGAGCGAGCGGCAGGCGGAGGUGCUGGCCGAGUUCGAGCGCAGGAAGAGAGCGCGGCAGAUCAACGUCUCCACCGACGACUCGGAAGUCAAAGCGUGUCUGCGAGCUCUGGGGGAGCCCAUCACGCUCUUUGGGGAAGGGCCCGCAGAGAGGAGGGAGAGAUUGAGAAACAUCCUUUCCGUGGUUGGCACAGAUGCAUUAAAAAAGACCAGGAAAGAUGACGACAGGUCUAAAAAAUCCAAAGAGGAGUAUCAGCAAACCUGGUACCACGAGGGGCCACGCAGCCUGAAAACAGCGAGGCUGUGGCUUGCUAACUACUCGCUGCCCAGGGCAGCAAAGCGGCUGGAAGAAGCCCGGCUGCUCAAAGAGAUUCCAGAGGCGACCAGGACGUCGCAGAGACAGGAGCUACACAAAUCCCUGCGGUCCUUGAAUAACUUCUGCAGUCAGAUUGGAGACGAUCGCCCGCUGUCCUACUGCCACUUCAGCCCCAACUCCAAACUCCUCGCUACCGCCUGCUGGAGCGGAUUGUGCAAGCUCUGGUCUGUGCCUGACUGCAACCUGGUUCACACCUUACGAGGACAUAGCACCAACGUUGGAGCAAUUGUUUUCCAUCCCAAAUCCACCGUCUCCGUGGACAAGAAGGAUGUUAACCUGGCGUCAUGUGCGGCUGACGGCUCCGUCAAACUCUGGAGCCUGGAAAGUGAUGAACCGGUGGCAGAUAUUGAAGGACACAGCAUGAGAGUGGCCCGUGUGAUGUGGCACCCGUCGGGGAGGUUCCUGGGUACCACCUGCUACGAUCACUCAUGGCGCUUGUGGGACUUGGAAGCUCAGGAGGAGAUUCUCCAUCAGGAGGGGCACAGCAAAGGGGUGUAUGACAUCGCCUUCCACACGGACGGGUCCCUCGCGGGGACGGGGGGUCUGGAUGCGUUUGGCCGGGUGUGGGACUUGCGCACAGGACGCUGUAUCAUGUUUCUAGAAGGCCACCUGAAGGAGAUUUACGGGAUUAACUUCUCCCCCAAUGGGUACCACGUUGCAACCGGCAGCGGUGACAAUACCUGCAAGGUCUGGGACCUCCGCCAAAGGAAGUGCAUCUACACCAUUCCUGCCCACCAGAACCUGGUGACCGGCGUAAAAUUUGAACCCAAUCACGGGAACUUCCUGCUCACGGGCGCGUACGACAACACGGCCAAGAUCUGGACUCACCCCGGCUGGUCCCCUCUGAAGACGCUGGCGGGGCACGAGGGGAAGGUGAUGGGACUGGACAUCUCCCUGGACGGGCAGCUCAUCGCCACCUGCUCCUACGACAGAACCUUCAAGCUGUGGACAGCCGAGUAGCUCAGAGGUGCUGCUGGUGGACUGGAACCAAGACAUUAAUGGCUUUGGACUUAAACUUGCUUUUUUUAUAUGAAAGAAAAAAGAAAUCAGCUAUUGCAGCAGCAGUCUGGUCUCGGGUUGAGGUGGUUUUGGAGCAUCCGUGUUUGCCAGGGCUCAGACUCGCACCCUGGGUGAUGUUUUUCCACUUUUUAGGACUUUUUUCCUUUAUACUACAGGUAGAUACUGCUUUGUGCUGCCAUUUGGAGGUGAUCCGUAUGCCUCCCCCUUCUCCUCCACGUCAGGCUCACAGGUUUUCUCUGUUCUGUGUCUGUAGCCGCCCAGCACCUCAGCACUGCUAACACCCUUCGUACCUUCCCUUUUCCAGGAGCCUUUGCUGGGACUCUGCGGCUUCAAACUUCAUUUGCAUUUAGAGAAAUUAAAACAAGCUGUCAGUUAGAGGAGGUUCCCCUGCGUCAGCAAAGGUUGGCUCUGAAUGAGGAGGUUGGUGCCCCCUCUGUGUUCACUCACAGUGGAUGUUAAAGGCCAGGGGAAUUUUUCCUUUCCAUGUACCAUCUCUUGACCUCGAGCUGUUUCAAAUCCACACAGGCAUCUCCUGGUUCUGUGUUUGCUGCGUCUCACCUGAGAUGAUGUGAAGGCAGCGGUUUCAGUGUAGGAUUGUCACGUUUAACACCAUUGGGAGUUUUCUUAUUUGUUGUUGGAAUUGAGGUUUUGCAAAUGUGUUCUGGAAAAUCAAACCAUGUUUUGAACGUGCCUCUGGCUCUGACUAAGGAAUGGAGAAAUUCCAGGUACUUCCCAACACAGUUUGUUUUGUCUGCUGUCAUAAAAACCUCCAGGAGAAAAGCGAAGACCGAUUCCUCUCCCUGUUGUUCCUUGGGCAUGUGAAGAUGAUUCUGUUUGAACAUC